GCAGGACUCGGGAUUAUAUAUCGCCAUGAGAACCCUGCCAUUGCUGUUGGCGCUGACGCUGUUGGUCAUUGGAGCCACAGCGACUGCCUCAUCCUCCAGCACAACAGUUAAGCCAAAGACCGGGACUAAGCCAACGAAGUCUGAGCCAGAGAAGGCCACCAGCAUCAAGCAAACUUUGCCAUCAUCGGCGCCUUCUUCCAAGGUGACAACUACCAAGUCUUCCAGCUCUGGCUCCAGCUCAACCACGCGCCAAUCGAAGGCUCUGAGGCCAGGAGACAACCGUGGAAAGAGGACUCUCUAUGACUUUGGUAAUCCCGGUUACCUGUAUCCCGAGAUAGCCAGUCGGAGAGCGGGUUAUGUGGACAACACGGCUAGCUACUAUCCCCAGACGGGCUACUAUAAUGGUCAAAAUGCCAUAGCUCAGUAUCCCAGCAGCAACUUUGGACCCUAUCCCCAGUAUCCUCAGUACCUGGAGGCUCCUGAACCCAUUAUAGAAAUUAUUAUCAAGGAUGCAAAUGAGACCAUAGCCGAGGAGCCUGCCCAGCCCAUUGUGACCAAGAAAAAGAAGAAGAAGGAGAAGGUGCAUGUGUUCUAUGUGAAUUACAAGAAGGAUCAGAACAAUAAGCUGCAUUUGGAGUCUCCCAUUGCUUCCCUGAACAACGAUGACAACGAGGAGGAGGAAGAAGAGGAGGAAGUGAUCCAGUAUCCAGUCACUCCCCUGCCUCCCCUAAAAUCAACCACGCUGCGCACCAUUAUCCAUCCCGACUCUGAGAAGUUCCACAGCAACUCCGGCAUCCAUGUGUCCUUUGGGGCAGAGAACAAGCACCAAACUGGACACAUUCUCGAGGAGCACGAUGCCGAGAGCAUUCAGCGACAGGUGGUGGCCUUGCCUCCAUCGGUGGCCGGAAAAUCAGAGAGCAGUUACCUCGGCAACACCCGUGCAGACUACGGAAGGGAGAACAACUUUGGCCGGAGUCCCGGACCCAUUUCGAACCUGCUCUUUGGCAGCAACUACCAAUCGCAGGGUCUGAACUACCAGCAGCACCAGCAACAGUUGCCCACGCAACAUGGCAACAACAACUACUUUAGGCCACCCUCAGCUCUGGUGGGUCCACCUCCCAGCUACCCCAAGCCAACGCAGCAGCAACAGCAACAGGUGCAGCAGCCACAUCGUGGUAGCAUCACUCAGCAGCAACUGCCUUCGACCUCCUCGCAGAGCAUCUUCAACAAGCUGGUGCAGCAGUCGCAGUACUACAUCAACCACAAUCAGCAGUACCAGCCACAUCAGCAGCAGCAGCAACAGCAACAUCAGCAGCAACAUCAUCAGCAGCAGCAGCAUGUACCGCAGCAACACCAGCAACAGGAACCACAGCAACAGCAGUAUCAGAAGCCGCCACACAAGCAAGUCCAGGUGCCAUUCUUCCCCACAAUUCCGCCAAAGAGCGUGACUCCGGCGCCAUAUCAGCCCAUCAAGUUCCGUCCCACGCCAGCGCCCGCUCCCCAAGUGAAGCCUCUGCCACUGCCCGUCAAAUUGGAUAAUGCCAACUACCAGCAACAGCAGCAGCAGCAGCAACAUUAUCAGCCGCAGCAGCAGCAAAAGUUGCCACAUCAGCAGCAAUCCUAUCAGUUUGUGCGACAGCCGCAGUUCGUGCAACAGCCACAGUUCACGGUGAGGUCACCAACUCCUCCGUCGGAGUACUACACUCAGCAGAAGCAGCAGCAGUCGCAACAGGUGCAUCAGCAGCAGCAGCACCACCACCAGAGCAGUCUUAACUAUUUCGACAUCAAGCCCUCCAAGGAAACAGAGCUGCUCAAGUCCAUACCCAAGUUCGAGCAGCACAUCACGGAAACGGUACAGAAUCCCAUUGCUCAUCAUCAGCAACAGCAGCAGCAACAGUAUCAGCAGCAGCAACAGCAACAGCAACAAUUUGCUUAUACCCGCAACGAGGUGAUCCAUGAUGUGCCUGCUCCCAACCUGGGACCAGCAGUGCAGCAACCCGUUUCCGGUCACUACAUCACAGCCAGUUCAUCCAAUCUCCAGCAGCAGCAGCAACAGUCGCACUUCUCCAGCUUCCCCAGUGAAGCUCCUCCACAGGCUCCCAUCUAUGCAGAGUCCACACAUGGCCAAAAAGUUAUGGUUGUGACACCUGUGCCUCCUUCAUCGAACUAUGUGACCUAUAGCCAGUACACACAGUCCACCAACGAGCCAGUGGUCCAUGUCAAUGCCCAGUCUGCCGCUCUGCAGGCUCAGGCCAGCACCAACUUUGCCCAGCAGCCCAGGCAGCCAGCCGUCUCCCAGAUCACUUCCCAGUCUGGAGAUAACUCACCCUUCAGUGUGUCCACCUUCCACUCGGAUGUGUUCAAGGAGCUGGAGCAGCGCAACCAGAAGGAGCAUCAUCAACAGAGUGUUAAGGUAGCUGCUCCAGUUACUGUUGCCGCUCCUGCUCCCGCUCCCACUCCGGCUCCAGCCUCGCCUGCCUCUUCUCCCAAUGGCAAAGCCUCGCAGACCCUGCUCCAACUGCCCGACGAAGUGCCCGAAGAUCUUCGCCAGCAGCUCUUCUCCUCGGGCAUCCUGAACAACGCAGACAUCUCAAUUUUGGAUUAUGAUAAGCAGGGAGACAUUGCCCUGGAGAAUCUGCCUGCGGAGCACCUGCAGCACUUCUAUGGAGCCGGCGGUGGUGCCCAGAUUGCCGAAACCAAUAAAGUGUUGACCGUGGUCAAGCCCAAUGGCGACAAGGUGGCUCUCAGUGAGAAGCAGCUGGACCGUGUCAAGCAGACCAACUCCCUGCCCCAGAAGCAGAAUCUGGAUGUGAAGGUGGUGCGUUACGAUGCCGAGCAGGGUCAGAGUGUUAGCGAGAAAUAUGUGCGAACGGAUGCCACUGUGGUGACUCCCGUGGAUCUCGCAGAGCGUCAGCAAUACAAUCGUUAUCUCCCACUGAAGAUCAAUGGAGCCCAGUUCCCCAUCCCAGACAGCGAAGAGUUGCAGGGCAAGAGGAUUGUCAGUGUUGUGGUCCUGGCUCCAGUGGAGGCCCAGCAGAAUCCCAGCAGCAGCGAGGCACGGAGUGCGGACAGCAAGGAGGUCAAGUUCCUGGGCGGUGAGCUCAUCAAGACGCUGGUGAAGAAGCCCACCAGGGACAACUUCAAGCGCUGGCUGGAGAAGGAGGCGCGCACGGACCUGGACCUGCAGUCGGUGGUGCUCCUGGUGGCCAAAUCCACUGACGCAUCUGCGGAGCAGGAAAUCUUUAUGUACGACAUCGGAACGGGCAGCAUUAAUCGUCUGAAUGGAGAGCUCUCGAGCACGUUCGUCAACGUGGCCGAGGAGAAUGCCAGCAGCGAGGAUCUGGAGCAUGCCGCCACCCUGGACCAGAGCUCCCUGGAGUCCAUGAUGCAUCUGCGUCGCAGAUAGACAUAGCAUCGAGUCGAGUCCACAAAUACAAAUGCCAUUAUUAGCUACUCAACUAGACAUGAUCAUCGUGCGCCCCUGAAAGAUCCCUCCCCUCUCUAUUGUUUUUACACCUCCCUUAGUUUUUCUCUAAUUUUCCUAAAACUCUUUCCUCAGGUUGCACAUUUUCUGCACAAACAAAAACUAACAAAAAAAAAGACAAGAAAAAAGA